GCUCGAGUCUGAGUUCUUUCCACGGCAUCAGAUCCAGUGGGUCUGGAGGUUCCAAUGAUUCCUGCCUUUCCCCAACACCAAGUUGUGCUUAGCUAGAGCGAUUAUCACUAAGCUUCACCAGCACUCAGAUCUCAGUAACUGACAUUCCGAAGGUUUGGGGGAGAGAGCAGUACAUGGUCAACUGCACGUGAUAAAGUUUUACCGGAGUGGCUGGUCUCUUGCCCAGAGGGCUGGCCUAAGUUAAACUGGGCCUAGAGCAGGGCUGACUCCAAUCAUCAACACUGCGUCGAAAGCGAAAUAUGUGGCUCAUCAACGCGUCUACACUGUCGCUAGAGCACUUCUACGGCGAUGACAUUCCUGCCUACGCCAUUCUGUCGCAUACCUGGGGAGAGGGCGAGAUGUCCUUCCGGGAAUUCACCCAAAUUCAGAACGUCGGAACCACGAGCAAAGCAGGAUAUCGCAAAAUUGCCGCAACUUGCGAGCUGGCACUGAAGGAUGGGUGCCCAUAUGUGUGGGUUGAUACGGUGUGUAUAGACAAAGCGAGCAGUGCAGAACUCACCGAGGCUAUCAAUUCCAUGUUUGGCUGGUACCGGCGGUCUCAAAUCUGCUAUGCAUACCUGAGCGACUUCACGCUCGAUAUUGCUGAUGUUUCUCCGCGGCCAGCUCUAUUUGAAGACGAUUUCCGGAAAUGUCGGUGGUUUACUCGCGGGUGGUGUCUGCAAGAACUACUUGCGCCACGACAUCUACAGUUCUUGAACCAACAAUGGCAAGAAAUCGGGACGAAGAGCAUGCUCAGUCGACUAAUCUCAGACAUCACCGGGGUUCCUGAGGCGGUCCUGGUUAUGCCCCCGGAGAAGGAAAUCCAUGAAUAUCCAAUCGCGGCACGAAUAUCCUGGAUAGCCAAGCGUCGGACCACAAGAAUUGAGGACAUAUCGUAUAGCCUUCUAGGAAUUCUCGGCGUCAACAUGCCAAUGCUCUAUGGGGAAGGACCAAUGGCCUUCAUCCGACUCCAAGAAGAAGUUAUUCGAAAAUUCAACGAUCUGUCCAUCUUCGCCUGGACUGGAGAAGCGACAGCAUCGGGAUUCAUGCCCAUUUUGUCUGCAUCACCUUCAAGCUUCGCCAGCAACCUUUAGCUCAUGCUGGCAGUGGUAAUAGUAGCCAGCUUGGCAGCAGAUUGAGCACACAAUUUUCUCUCACGAAUCAAGGCGUCUUUUUCCCGAAUGCGAAACUCCAAUACCAGAAUGCAGUGCCAGGAUACCGCCACCACUACCUCUUAGACCUCAACUAUCGUGAUUCUUCCUUUCGGGGCAGACAACGUAAACAGAGAUAUCUCCUUCUUCAAAAAAUAGGUCCGGGACUUUUUACCCGCCUUCAUGACACUCCGGAGCGGCUGAGAGCAUUCCAAAAGCAGCUCGUUACCAAACCAUUCAACGAGCCGGCGUGUAUUCUUCAUAACCUCUCUGAACCGCUGGCCCGAAAACUGGCUCUGUGGGAGCGUUAUGCAGUGCGUCUGCGCUGGACGCCCUGGGAAAAGCUGGGACGAAGAUUCUGGCAUGUUCGAACGGCAUAUCC